AUGGGGAAAGAGGCUGGGGGGCGGGGCAGGCCGCGACUCCUCCCAGGCUGGGAUGGGGGCACCGAGGGCACCGGCUCGGCCCCGCCCUCCAGCAGGUGCCCGCCCCUCGCGGGUCUCGGAGCCCCUGGCCGCGCUCUUUCCUCUCCGCAGGUGCUGGCCCGGCUGGGGGUCGCCGGCCAGUGGCGCUUCGCGGACGUGCUGGGGCUGGAGGAGGAGGCUCUGGGCUCGGUGCCAGCGCCAGCCUGCGCGCUGCUGCUGCUGUUUCCCCUCACGGCCCAGCAUGAGAACUUCAGGAAAAAACAGAUCGAAGAGCUGAAGGGACAAGCGGUCAGUCCUAAGGUGUAUUUCAUGAAGCAGACCAUUGGCAACUCCUGUGGGACCAUCGGGCUCAUCCAUGCUGUGGCCAAUAACCAAGACAAACUGGAGUUUGAGGAUGGGUCCGUCCUGAAACAGUUUCUUUCGGAAACGGAGAAGCUGUCCCCUGAAGACCGAGCAAAAUGCUUUGAAAAGAACGAGGCCAUUCAGGCAGCCCAUGACGCCGUGGCACAGGAAGGCCAAUGUCGGGUAGACGACAAAGUGAAUUUUCAUUUUAUUCUGUUUAACAACGUGGAUGGCCAUCUCUAUGAACUUGAUGGACGAAUGCCUUUCCCGGUAAACCACGGCACCAGUUCAGAGGACUCCUUGCUGCAGGAUGCCGCCAAGGUCUGCAGAGAAUUCACGGAGCGUGAGCAAGGGGAGGUCCGCUUUUCUGCGGUGGCACUCUGCAAGGCGGCCUAAUGCCCUGGGCGGGGGACGUAGCCUUUUCCCCCCUCUUCCCCUUUGUGUGAAACCAACCCUCCACCAACGCAGUCCAAAAUGCUUCUGUACUUGUGGAACACAGCUGUUCUCCUUUGGUUCUGCAGAUAAGCUCUCCCCCGACCCCCCUCACCCCCGCCACACCCGAACUCUAGCAGAGCCCAGCUGUCGAGCGAGCAAGGUUUGGUAUGAACCUCAGAUGGCGAAGCAUCCCCCCCUCCCCCCAUGUAUGUAUUGUACCUCAAUAGCUAAUGCUUUAAAUGGCCACUUUGGUUUGCGUCUGUAAAUUAAGGCGUUGGAUGUGGUUUAAUUGUUUGUCCUUAAAAGAAAUAAAACUUUUCUGCUGAGUAAGAGAUGAGCUUCAA